CCUGUAUUUGAAGAUGAAAAUGAUGAGAUCAGUGUCGAAGGAAUGGACGUUUCUGAUAUGGAAGAUGAAGAAGAGACUGUGCGACCCGCAGCCCCGACACCGAGAGGUCCUACACAGAUGGCUCUUAAGCCCCGUCCACCACCUCGAAGACGUCCGGACAUUCUGAUGACCACAUCUCCCCCACUUCCUGUACACAACAAGAGUUACCUAUUCUAUUUUUAUUCUCACCAGGGCAACCAUUUUGAUCCUGUUCUGGGCAACAGAAACAACAAUAGCCUGCAUCUGAAUCCUCAGAAGCUGAAGCAGAAGCUAGCCCAGCAAAUAGAAUUUGAAGACAUGAUUUCAGGAUUUGAUCAGAGGGGCAGAUUCGGACCCCAACAGGCAAGACCUCAGGCCAGGGUCCCUCCUACACCCAUGUUUAAACCCUCCCGCGGAGGUCCAGUCCCAACCCCACCUUCAGCAACUCCACAGAGGCCUCAUAUGAUUCGACACCAGCAGCCGCUGCCUUCUUCUGUCUCUCAUGCAGCUCCACCCCCACACCAACAGUCACACGAUCGCCUUUCACCUUCAUCUAGAGAAAGCCCUUCUCUGUCCAGCCAGAGCUCAGAUUUGCAGCAGCACAGCAGCCGAAGUCCGGGUGAUCGCCCUUAUUCUGGGAAUAAUAUUCAGCCACCAGGCAUCUUGGAAGGUUUUCGGAUACCUCCCCCAGCUCUCUCACCUCUUCAGAAUGCUCCAAAGCCUCCAGACCUGGAUAUGUUUGAUCGUAAGAUUAAAAAGAAAAGGAAGAAAGAGAAAAGGGAUGGGAAUAUCUCACCUCAGAAGCCUGAAAAUCCAUCUGAUAUUCCACCUCCGUUUGGACUGGCUGCUCCUCUGCAUCCUCACAUUCGGGUGAACCAUGCAGCCAUUCCAUUUCCAAAAUUUGCUAGAGGAGCACCCCAGAUUUCUGAAUCUAGAUAUGUUGAUGAAAACUUAGAGGAUAAUGAGGAGCCUCCAAUUGUCAAAGGGUUUGCGGUUCCACUCCGCGAGGGUGUCACCAAGUCUGCUAAACCCAGAUAUAGGAAUGAUGUGAGUGCUGCAGAAGAGGCUGAAAAAGAGGAAGUGCAUGAGGCUGUGAGUGUUGACCAAGAAGAGAAGAGAAUUCAGAGUUCUUCCUCUGCAGUAGAUGAUGCAAGUGCAGGUCCCUUUAUUCCUCCACCUCCUUCUUUUAGAGGAGUGCCCCGGUCAGGGAUGGCCAGACCUCUGGGUCAGUCUGUUCCACAGGACAGCAAGAGCUCCAGAAUAAUUCUGACAAGUGCAAAACCUCCUCUGCCAAAGAAUAGACUUAGCACAAAGUCUUCCAGCCCUCGACCUCCACCCACUAGUGGCCGUGCAGGUCAUAAGUCAUCCUCUCCUACCAGUUA